AUGACAGCUCCUUCCAACGAUAGUCUCCCCAAGCCGCCUGAGCCUCUCGCCCAGGCUAUUCGGUUAAUUGUGGCCCUAGCUUCGUUGAGCGCUACUUCACAUCCACCAUUUCUUACACCUUUUGCCAAUGCCGAGCAAUACAAGACCAUAUCGUCCAAAUGGUUGACUUCCGUCUGUAAACUAUUAUCAUUCGAUCAAGGCAGAUUACCACCCACGAUUUCGCCUGAGGAUGUAAAGGCUUCUGCAAAUGAUCAGAGGGAUGAAUGGACAGAGGAUGAAGUCACUAGAAUUGCAGGUCUACUAGUAGAAGCUAGUUUGGCCGCUGAGAAUAUCGGCGCGCAGAAGGGUAAAGAGGAGAAGGAGGGUACAUUGAAAUAUUCACCUAUAUCAAGAUAUCUUUCGUACAGGACUCUUCAGCUUUUGGGUUUACCCUCUAAAGAGCUUGUCCCGAGAGCAGAAAACAACUUGUCAAACACCUUGUUCCAUGCCUUGAAAGCUGCAGCGGAGAAAGAGAAUCAGGAGAAAGUUGAAAAGGCGAGACAAGCUCAGUCACAGGGAUGGGGUGGUGCUUUGGGUAGACAUCUUGCUACCGGAGCAGGAGUAGUGGCAGGCGGUGUACUACUAGGAGUGACAGGUGGACUCGCCGCACCAGCAAUAGCAGCUGUCCUCGCACCUUUGGGAGUAGGCUCGAUCCUCUCCGCAUCUGCUGCUCCAGUCGUGUUGGGUACGUUGUUCGGUGUGGGCGGAGGAGGAUUAGCAGGUAAGAGAGUGAGGGAAAGAUGGAGGGGAGUAGAGGAAUUUAGCUUUAUUGAAAUCGGAGAUGGACACAGAUCGACUAAAGAGGAAUUGGACGACUUGAAGGAAUUCAAAGCAAGGAAAGAUCAGAAAAAGCUUGACCAGAAAGAUCAGAACAACAAUACGGAAAUUGCUGGUGAGAAAGGAGAAGAAUUACAAGGGGAAGUAUCAGAAAAGCAAGCUCAAGAUUUAGUAGAACAAGGUAGAUUAGAUAUUGAAGAGAGAUUGCUUAAAUUAUCUUUGGAAUCUGGUACGAGACAAUCUAUAUCUGUUGAAUCUGGAUCUGGAACAGCUAGUAUACCUUCACCUACGAAUAGUCCUAGAGCAUCUUUGGAUCAGGGUAAGGAAGAGAAGGAUUUGACGGAAACUAAAAAACCACCUAGUUUGACUGCUACCAUCGUUGUGCCUGGUCUCUUAACUGUAUCACGAACAGAAGGUAUCACAGCCUGGAGAGCUAUUUGUUCUUCUGCGACUGCUUCAAACAAACUCAUCUCUGCACCCAAUAUCGCUUCAGAGGAUGAGGUUGUAUCUUCUACUGUCAGCCAGCUAUCAGGGCUGAAGGACGGCAGAGAUGUGUAUCUUUUGAGAUUUGAGAGUGCUGCUAUGCUGCAGACCGGUAGAGAUGUGGAUCUAUGGGUGACCUCAAAGCUUAAAGGACUGGUCAAGAAAGAGAUUAUCAAACGAACCGUCCUCUCUGCUUAUUUCGCUGCUGUCAGCUUGCCUCUCUCCGUCUACUCUAUGGCGACCAUGACUCUCGACAAUACCUGGAUGCAUGCUGUUGAUCGAGCUAAAAAGGCUGGUCGAUUAUUAGGAGAAGUUAUCGAGAAGCGAGUCCAGGGUGAAAGACCUGUCGUACUUAUUGGAUCGUCAGUAGGAGCACUCACCGUGCUCCAUGCCUUACUCUAUCUCGCUUCUCUGCCAUCUCCAACACCAGGGAAAGGCUCAGUACCAACUUAUGUCGAAUCUGCAUAUAUGAUCUCUUUACCUUCGGCACCCACGGCUGAGGAGUGGCAGAAAGUCAGGAGUGUCACCGGCAGAAGGGUAGUAAAUGCUUAUAGUGAUGCUGAUUUGGUAUUAGCGGGAGUCGUCAGACUCCACGAGGUCGUCUCAAGGGCUGCAGUCAUGUCCAACGGAAUUCGAGUAGCGGGACUGGGACCGGUCGAACAGCCUGGAAUAGAGGAUAUCGACGUCUCGACAGUUCUUAGAGGUCAUAUGGAAAUACAAGCUAAGAUGCCUGAGAUCUUGAAAAUUAUUGAUAUUGACGCUUAA